UGUGCUCGCCCCCGGGCGCGGCGGACGGACGGGGGCUGGGGCUGGGACGGGGGGCUGCCUGCGCCCCUGCAGCCGAGGGCGCGGCCGGAGACCCGGGGCUGGAGGGCGCUGGAGGGCGUCCCGGCAGAGGUGGCUGCAGCUCGGGCGGGGGCCGGCGCGCCGGCCGGGUCGGAACCCUCGGGGGGGGGGGGGUAGGGGGUCCCCGCAGCCCCGUUCUGCGGACCUCGGGCGCCCCCGCGAGGACGGGCGGGGAUGGGGCGACGGGCGGGAGCGCGGCUCCCCAAGGGCCGAGAACGCGGUCCCCGGGCGGCGCGGGAGGGGGCGCCCCAGCCGCGGGAGGGACCUGGCGCCGCAGCGCUGGCCGCGUGCGCAGAGGCCGGGUUGCCAGGGACGACGCGUUCUGGGCGGGGCCGCCGCGGGGGCGGGGCCCGGGGGGCCGAGCGAUUGGCGGAGGCCCCACGCGGGGGGCGGGGCUCCUCGGGGGGCGGGGCCCGGCGGGGGCGGGCCCGGAGCGCGGGAGCCGGAGGCGGGGACGUGGUUGGCGGGGCGGCCGGCGGAGGCGGGGCCGCGGGCCGGGGGCGGAGCCUGCGGGCGGGGGCGGCGCUGGGUCGCGGGGCCUGGGGCAGAGGCGGCGGCGGCGGCGGCGCCCGCAGCCCAGAGGGUUCGCGCACUCGGGCCCCCAGCCUGCGCCCACCCGGCCGGCCCGCCCCGAACCAUGAGCCCCGGGCUGCUGCUGCUGCUCGGCGGCGCCGCGCUGGUCGCCUUCGGCCUCUGCUGCACCUUCGUGCACCGCGCUCGCAGCCGCUACGAGCACAUCCCCGGGCCGCCGCGGCCCAGCUUCCUUCUAGGGCACCUCCCCUGCUUUUGGAAGAAGGACGAGGUUUGUGGCUGCGUGCUCCAAGAUUUGUUCUUGGAUUGGGCUAAGAAGUACGGGCCCGUGGUGCGUGUCAAUGUCUUCCACAAAACCUCUGUCAUCGUCACCAGCCCCGAGUCGGUCAAGCGGUUCCUGAUGUCCACCAAGUACAACAAGGACUCCAAGAUGUACCACGCUAUCCAGACGGUGUUUGGCGAGAGGCUGUUCGGCCAAGGCCUGGUGUCCGAGUGUGACUAUGAACGUUGGCACAAGCAGAGACGCGUCAUGGAUCUGGCCUUCAGUCGCAGCUCCUUGGUCAGCCUCAUGGAAACCUUCAACGAGAAGGCGGAGCAGUUAGUAGAGAUCCUGGAAGCCAAGGCAGAUGGACAGACGCCAGUGUCCAUGCAGGACAUGAUGACGUGGACCGCAAUGGACAUCUUGGCCAAGGCAGCCUUUGGGAUGGAGACCGGCAUGUUGCUGGGCGGCCAGAAGCCGCUGUCCCGGAAGGUGAAGCUAAUCUUGGAAGGCAUAACGGCCUCCCGCAACACACUGGCCAAGUUCAUGCCAGGAAAGUGGCAACAGCUUCGGGAGAUCCGGGAGAGCAUCCGCUUCCUGCGUCAGGUGGGCAAGGAGUGGGUGCAGCAGCGCCGGGAGGCCCUGAAGAGGGGCGAGGUGGUGCCCCCCGACAUCCUCACACAGAUUCUCAAAGCUGAGGAGGGGGCCCCAGACGACGAGGUUCUGCUGGACAACUUUGUCACCUUCUUCAUCGCGGGCCACGAGACGUCUGCCAACCACCUGGCCUUCACGGUGAUGGAGUUGUCACGCCAGCCCGAGAUCUUGGCCAGGCUGCAGGCCGAGGUAGACGAGGUCAUCGGCUCCAAGCGACACCUAGACUUCGAGGACCUGGGGAGGCUGCAGUACCUGUCCCAGGUCCUCAAAGAGUCCCUGAGGCUGUACCCGCCGGCCUGGGGCACCUUCCGUCUGCUGGAGGAAGAGACCCUCAUUGAUGGCGUCCGGGUGCCCAGCAACACCCCGCUCCUGUUCAGCACCUACGUGAUGGGACGCAUGGACACCUACUUUGAGGACCCACUGACCUUCAACCCCGACCGAUUCAGCCCCAAAGCUCCCAAGCCACGCUUCACCUAUUUCCCUUUCUCGCUUGGCCACCGCUCCUGCAUCGGGCAGCAGUUCGCACAGAUGGAGGUGAAGGUGGUAAUGGCCAAGCUGCUUCAGAGGCUCGAGUUCCGGCUGGUGCCCGGGCAGCGCUUUGGGCUGCAGGAACAGGCCACCCUGAAACCGCUGGACCCCGUGCUCUGCACCCUAAGGCCCCGGGUCUGGCAGCCCGCACCCCCACCCCCACCCUGCUGAGGGCCCUCUGACUCUGCUGAGCUCCCUUUACCCCCUGAGGGCCCCCACCCCUACUGAGCUCCCCUUCUGCUGAGACAACCCCCUGCCCUGUUGAGGUCACCCCUGUCCUGCUAGGGGUCCCCCUCUGCCAAGGCCCCCAGGCCCCACCCUACUGAGCCCCCCCACUGCUGACCGUGGCCCCUGACCCCUCCCCAUCUGCUCCCUACCUCUGCACAGGCCGGCACCCCUCUUCACUCUGGGCACCCUCUCCUCCAGGCCACCCCCACCCCCACAGGGUGAGCCCCUCCUCCAGGCUCCCUUUCACACACACUGGCCACACUGGCCCCUGAGGGUCCUUCGGCGUGACCGGCUGCCCCCCUCCCUGGAGGUGGGUGCGGGCCCACCCAUGUGACCCCCCCCAUGCUCAAUAAACGUGUGUCCAGUGUCUGCAUGGA